GUUAAUUGAAAAAAAAAGUCCAUGCUGAGCUGACACAAUGUCACGGAGUAAUUUGUGUGUAUUAUGCAGCUUGGCGAUGAUUCAUUGUAAAUAACAUUAUCAAAAAGCGACGGUGGGAAAGACGUUGCGCCUCAUUUAACGGAUUCGCUAAGCGUAAUUAUUAAAGACUGGGUGAUUUUAAUCCGGCUAGAGGAAGAAGGGGGCGAUGAUAGCGGACAAACACCUCGUUAAUUUAUUCUCCAACCCCGCCACUCAUUCAGUCCACCAAAAGCAGUUGUAUACGUAUAAACGUACGCUCGCGUUUCCCCCCUUCCUACCAUUCGCUUUCGCUCUUUUGCACAUUUUGAAUUCUCUUCAAUGAAAAACCAUUUGUUCCCCUGCUAUCUCCUCCCUCACACCAUCACGGCCGCAUUUCAACAGUAUACGCGUUCUCUUUCGAAUGUCUCGAUCAACUUUCGCUUUUUCAUAGUUUGAUAGAAAAAAAAAAAAAAUUGAUCUGUUUUGGUUGAAAAGUUAUUAAACUACGGGAAACGUGAGUCGUGUAACGAUCAGUCGAGCAUAAGAGGACGGUAGAAAUCGAGACAAGGGGUAGGUAGCAUAGCGAUGAAAAGUGAAGUAAAAGAAAAGGAUGAGAAGUGAAACGAAAAAUGCUCAGCAGAUCACAGACUGCCUAAUUAAAAGGUUCGCUGUCACAUGGAAUCUUCUUUCCUUCUUUUGUCUCAACGAGAGUUUGUUUGCGGUAAAGUCUCAGGAAGUCGACGUCUCUCUUUUCUUUUGUCCUGUCUUUAACCCUGUGUCGCAUACGUAUCCAUGAACAUUCGUUCGUUCUCGCGUGGUAACGAGCUACGGUGUCCUUUUCGCGAGACCCCCUUGUUGUCUCUUCUUACGAACGAAGACAAAAGAGGUAUACAGUACUAUAGGUAUGUAGAGGGAAAACGUAUCGACAUUUCUAUUUAUAAGAAAAGAUCGUAUCGAUACGGUAGAAUAAUUUUUUCGAAGAAAAAAAAUUUGAAUCGCACGCGUAUAACGCGUUUUCCACAGGAAUGAAUCGAAUCCCUGUAAAAUUAUACUUUACGAAGGAGAGAGUUUAAAGAACCUUCAAGAACUGGCCAAUUAAAUUGCGAUUCGCAAAUUAACUUUGGUAAUUACGAGUGGGCUUCGAGAGCGGUGCGAUGAGGAAGGGUUGGAGAGUUGAGAUUACAAACGAGACGGCGAAAACUUGCUAACUUUUCAGUCGCUUUUUAUACAACUUUUCUUGUUAAGAUCGUGAUUAUGAAUUUUCUGUUUGAUCGUCCCCUCGUAAGCUCCCAGCGUCUACUUAUUUUGCAAAAAUGGACGAUUUACUACCCUGGUUUGUUAAUAAUCCAGAGUAAUUAUUUUACGUCUUCUAAUUUUUGUUCAGACAAUGGAGAAAAUACUGAUUGCAUAUUAUCCGACAAAUUCUUCUUUAAGACCUACAUCUGCUGGUAAGAAGGAGGUAUGUAAUUAAUUGAUACGUAGAAGGGAAGGAUCGGCAUAGGUUGUCCGAAAUCGAAGAUCGUUCGUUCUGGGCUCGAAAGUACGACACGAGACGAGUUAUCGCUGCUCGUGCAUACCUGCGCUAUCGCAACGGUACUUUUGGAUAAUCAGCAUUUGUGUAACUCUCAGCUCUUCGUGCCAUUCGGCUGUUUCUACGAGUCGAACAGAGUCGAGCAAGGUAUCUCGUUUCGUUCCGUUUCGUUUCAUUCCAUUCCAUUCCAUUCCGUUCCAUUCCGUUCCGUUCAAUCCCAUUGCGUUUCGUUUCUCUUGAAUCCAUUUGUUCCCCCUCCUUUCCCCGCCUCUUAGCAGCCGUAUAGUUGCAAGCAGUGCGACUACGGUCUCCAACUGCCGGUCGCUCAUCCUUUCGUCUCGUUCCAUCGUAGGGUCGAGCAACUUCGGACACGCCUCCCACUCGUGGCGCGCGACUGCUGUCGGAUUCGGUAUUCAGUCGACACCGAGCCGGCAUGCGUGUUGGCUGAAACGUUCGUAGAGUGUUGUGUCGUUAGGUUUCGCAUCGGUUGGAUCGGUAUCCCCAUCGCCACGUAAAAUCUAGCUUCGCGUUCGUUUCUCUUCCUGAUUUCCGUCGCGACGGUUCACGCGUCUACACGCGAAAAGUCGAGUUCGUGGAUCCACGAAAAGGCGCGCAGCGAUGCUAGAUCAUCGGAACGACGACGAUCCAGCUGUAUCGUGUCGCGUGUGAAUGCACUCCUUGUCCUUCCGUGAACGAACAAACAAGUGGAAAGAAGUGUCGAGUGUUAAGUUUUCUCGGUGUGACGUUUUCGCUGGAUCGCCGUUCGAUUCUCAGCUCAAUUCGGUUCCCUCCUUCUACACGGCUCGGCGUUCACGGAACGGCAACGAAGUUUUCUUCUCGCUUCUGCUUUCGGAGUUUGCAUCCUCCGUUGUUUUCCAUCGAGAAACGUCAUCGACAUCAGACACGCUUUGUCCUAAACAUCUGAUCGAAGAGAUAUGGAUUUCGUGAUUUUGAAGGUAAACGGACAGGACGUGUCAAACUCUAGUCACGAGGAUGCGGUGCGUUGCUUUCAAUCGGCCCAGGAACCGAUCAUCGUCGAGGUGCUUCGUCGUCAACCGAUUCAGGGACAACGAACCGUUUGGAAGGAGCACGAGAAGAGCGAGGGAAACGAGGAAAAAGGGUUCGAUUCGAGCAAAAAGGAGCACGCGAUCAACGUUUGCCCGACUCUGGUAUCGACCGCGGUGCAGACCGAUUGGGCCGGUCUCCUCGAGGAGGCCGAAGAGGAGGAGGAGCUGUUGCCGGUUUCUCUCGGCGUAGACGAACAACAGAACGAUCCGUUCGAACAGUUUCUCGCGCACGACAUUGACUUCGAGGAAGUAACGUUGCGAAAAAUCGGAAGCGCCGAGAAAUUAGGACUGACCGUGUGCUAUAGUUCGGGUUCAGGCAGCGAGGAUGCCGAUACAGAAGUUUACAUCUCCGAGAUCGUUCCUGAAAGCGUGGCAGCGCGAGACGGUCGAUUGCGAGAGGGCGACCAAAUCUUGAGGGUGAACGGAAAGGACGUGGCGAACAAAGAGCAGACGGAGAACCUAUUUGCCGAGACGAAGAAUGCGGUAACCAUUCUCGUCAGUCGAUGCCUCUAUCAGGACGACGAGUACGAUGACAGGCGCGCUUAUCGUCGGGGCUCGCCGUCUCUCUCGCCGGAUCAUCUACCCUCCUACCAGAACAGUUUGAUCGAACAGUUGAUCCGGCAACAACAACAACAACAACAACAACAACAGCAACAACAACAAACCGAGGAACGAACCAAAGAAACCGAAGAGGAUGUUUCCACGUUGAAGGCGCCUCCACCCGUUCCCUCUCACACCCUGCAACAACCUCAUCAACACCAGUUCUCUGCGAUCGUCAGCUGCGCCACCGCCAAUCCCACCCCCACUGCCACCACGAUCACAACCGCUACCUCCUCCUCGUCGACUUGUUCCUCGCAAAACUCGCAAAACUCGCAAAAAUCAGGAAGAAACGCUUCGUCCCCGGCGCGACAGACCGAUCACGAUCGCAAACAAUGGAUACCGGAAGCGCUCAAGGAUUGUUCGAAAAAGAUGGAGGGAUUGUGUCUGCGUGCGGGUCAACAACCGUUAAACUGUGCCGGAACAGGUUCGGUGAAAUUAGCCGAGGCUUACUCGAAUCACGUCUGGAGCGAAACGGAACACAUCUACGAAACGAUUCCAGAAUCGGACAGCGAACCGAUCUACUCCUCCCCCUACGAGCAUCGUCACUGGCCGCAACCGAAUCACUCCGCGACCAUCUCGACCACGCUACCAGCCUCGACCGCCACCGCCACCAUGACCGUUACUACCACCGUUAUCAUCUCCACCGCCACCACCACCACCACCAGCGCAAAUACCUCGCCAGCGACCACCAUCUCGGCAACGAAUCCGCCUACCAUCGGUCUUACGAUCGUUCCGCAAACCGGCAGAUGGUACUGUUCCUCGAAAAGCAACAGCUCCGGGGAGGAAAAGGACAGCUCGAGCGCGUACAACACCGGUGAAUCGUGCAACAGUAAUCCGCUGACGCUGGAGCUACAACGAGGCGAAAGGGAUCAUCACAAAAGCACCCUGGUCCUUUGCCCGCCGAAAACGCCAACGGCGCAACAACAGCAACAGAGACUGGCUUGUACCUGUCUCGCAUCCGCGAACAAACAGAUCAAGAGUCAGUCGACCAGAAGAGGCUCGACCUCCCAUCAUUACAGAGAUAGAGGAGUUGCCGAUCCGACGAAUGCGACAACCACUGCCACCACCACCACCACAACCACCUUACCCGCAGAUACCAUGUACACGAACAUGGCAAAUCUUCAACAGACGAUGCUCUUGCAACAGCAACUGUUCAAACGCGCGCUCGAUCGGAGGAAUUCGACCAUCGUUGGUCUCAGGGACAGCGGUGGUACCGCGAAAAAAUCCAAAUCUCACGGUAACUUUCAGGCGCCAAAUUUGACGCGUUACCAGUUUAUCGGAAGUCAACAAGUGUGCGCUUCGAGUCCAUGGGUACCGCCCGAGGGUAAAGACAACGACGUACAGAUGGAAUGGAAGGUGAAGCGGAGAGCGGACGGUACGAGAUACAUCGCGAGAAGACCGGUCAGAAAUCGUAUUCUCAGGAACAGAGCGAUUAAGAUAUCCGAGGAGAGAGCUGGUCACAGCACGGAGGACGACACCAUGUCGGAAGCGAAGGUCGGCAGAUAUUGGACGAAGGAAGAGCGCAAAAGGCAACUGGAACGAGCUCGCGAACGCAAGCAGAGGCAACAGGAACUGAUGCUUCAGCACCAGCAACAGCAACAGUUACAGCUCCAACAAACCAACGAAUUACUAAUCUGCGAACACGGGGACGAGAAACUCGCGAAGAAACCGUUAAAUAUCCUAGAGCUUAGUCACAAAAAAAUGGCUCGCAAGAAAAACGCUCUAGACGAUUUUACUACCGUUCAAGAGAUGUUGGUCCAUGGAAACAGAGUCGGUGGGACAGCAGGUCCAGGAACCGGAGGGAAACUGAUGGGUCUUCUUUCGGUGACGACGGUUUGAGUUGUUUAUCCAAAAAUCGCGCCUUCUCCUUUCCUUUCUUACGUUUUCGCUUCCUAUCCAAGUACCUUGCGAUCAUCUUCGAUCGAUUGCCACCGUUCUACACUCCUUUUUUCCCCCUUCACGAGUACACGAUCUUCUUCUUCUUCUUAUACUACUGUUACCACUCAGGCUACGAGCGGUAAUUUGAACGGGGCAAAGCGAAAUCGAUAUUAAUAACGAUUGUAAAUAUUUCUCGCAUUACGAUAUGUAUACAUAUAUGUAUAAGGGUAGAUUAUUUUACACGAGCUGAAACUUUAUUGUGGACAAAGAAUAGAAAACGAGUACGCUUUUGUAGAUAUGUAAAAUAAAUGUAACGAUGGGUAUUACACGAAAAUAAUAAUCGUCGGGAAUUUGGUGUAACGCGCGAAAACGGACCUUCGCACGAUCGAUUACUCGACGAUAAGGAGGCAACGGUGCAAUAUCUCUGACGUAAAAAAGUAAAAUCGUUCGAUUUUUGGAAACAAACACACAGAGACGUACCAUGUAAAGAAAUGCAUAUUUUAUUAUUCAAAUUUUUUCAUCGAUUUACCCUAUCUAGUAAUCUAUCUAUGUAUUCAUUGCAUGAACGAUACGUUGAUAUUUAAACUGCUCAAAACUUUCCGCUCUGGAAUGUUUAGAUGCUGAACGUAUGCCGGAAAACAAUGAUGGGUGGAAAAAUUUAACAGAAAAUCUCGUAAAUAUUGACUAAGGUUCAAGUGAUAUAUGCUAUCUUGCAACAACUCUGGAUCCUCUUCGUCUUCCUCCGCUUCGUUUGCAGCUUCUUCCAACACUGAUCGCCAAUGUAAAAAACAUUUUAAUAUUUUUCGAAUCGUUAUAAAAUUAAGAGCAUCCGAGAACGUAAAAUGAUUGUUCUCACUUACGUAGCAUAGUCUCGUAACCCGGAUCUAAGUAAGCGUUAUCACCGUCGCCUUCUUCGUCGUCGUCGGAUUCCUGCGUAUUUAAAGAAACGAUCGUCUUUCAUUUCUUUGUAAUCUUUCUUCUGUAAUUCAAACGGAAUAACAGAGAAUGUUUACUAACGUCCGUCUCUUGAUUCGCAGCGACUGCUUCAAUGUCGUUGGACAAUUCGUUGAUUAUCAGCUUAAAUAUCUUAGCCAGAACCGGUACCGUGGUCCACUGAUAAGGCUGUGAUUCGGUUUUACUCCUAGUCCUCACGCCUUCUUCGUUUCCUGUGUAUUCUCGAAUUUUAGUUAGACACUUGCUGUUUCCGAAUAAAUAUUUUAUAGAUACA